CCACUUCUCCACCUCGCCUCUUCCUUCUCGGCCCUCACCCUCCCUUGCGCCAUGAAGCUCGACGCCACCGAUCUGCGCUAUCUCACCGCCGACGAGUUCCGCGUGCUGCGCGCCGUCGAGUCUGGCUCAGCGCACGCCGAGGUUGUCUCGGCCAGCACGAUCGCCGCGCUCUCGGCGCUGCGCCAUGCCGGCAUCAACAAGCUCAUGGGCGCGCUGGCCAAGCGCCACCUCAUUGCGCGCGAGCAGAACAUCAAGUACGACGGAUACCGCCUCACCUAUGGCGGCUAUGACUUUUUGGCACUCAGAGCCAUGACGCAGAAUGAGAAUGUUGUCGGCGUGGGCACGAGAGUGGGAGUGGGAAAGGAGAGCGAGUGUCUCUACGAGCACUCCUUUCCCGUUCCCGUGCCUCUAGCGCAUUCUCGACACUGCGUCUUGAUGUCUCUCAUCCCCGCCUAUCCGCUUCGCCAAAUCGCCGUGCUGCCAGCAGAUCAAAUACCGCUGCUUUACGGUGCGCUCAUGCGUCUCAUCGUCCGCUUGGCUCGCGCAGGAUUGAUUCAUGGCGACUUCAACGAGUACAACUUGCUCAUUCGCGAGCUGGAGGCGCCGGAUGAGGAAGAGGAGGAACAGGAGCAAGAGGAGAGAGUGGAGACGCUAAGAGUGGGAGAGGCAGAGGAGGUGCAGCAGGGAAAAGGCUUCGCUCGCGUCGUGCGAAAGCAGCCUGUUGCGCAGCCGAGCGCCGCCGAGGAGGAGCAGCAGGACGACGACAACGACGACGAUGACGAUGACGACGACGACGACGACGACGACUUGGACGACAACGACGAGCGCAUCCACAUGCGCGACGGCUCCGUGCUCGAGCCGAUUCUCAUCGACUUUCCUCAAAUGGUCAGCGUGGAGCAUGAGAACGCCGAGUACUACUUCGACCGCGAUGUCGAAUGCGUGCGUCGCUUCUUUCGCAAGCGCUUCCGCUUCUUCUCGAGCGAAUACCCGCGCUUUCGCGACGUGGUGCCCUUGGACCGAGCGCUGCAGCGCGCCAGACGACAGAGGCGAAAGGAGGCCAAGGAGAGGGGAGAGACGGUGCUGCUUGAGGAGGGAGAGGAGGAGGAGGAGCAAGAAGAGGGAGUGCUGGAACUCGACGUCCUGACGAAUGCCAGUGGGUUGGGAGGAGGUAAGAAGGGGGAACUGGAAUUGUACAUGGACCGCCUCGCAAUUGGCACAGCGUCGGGCUCGCAAUCGGGCUCAGACGACGACGACGACGACGGCGAUGACGACGACGACGACGAGGAGAAGGAGGAGGCCUCGGAGCAGCACGCGCAAGCCUCUGACGACGAUGGCGACUGCGUCUCGCAUGCGGACGACGCCGUCUCGGAGGCGCCUUCUCGUCUGCCGAGCAAGGCUCAGACUCGGCUGUUGCCCUCUUCUGGCGCCGCCAAAAAGGCCCUGGCCGACGGCGAUGCGCGCGGCAUUGCGGCGCGCAUCGCCGCCGAGCGCGAGCGCGCCAGCAGGAGGGCCGAGAAGCAUCAUGGCCGCAAGGCGCAUGCGGGCAAGGCGGGCCGCACGCAUGCGGGCGGAAAGGCAAAGAGUAAUGCGGUGAGAGCGAAUGAGCAGUUCUGAGGCGGGAGGGAGGCACCGGG